AUGCAGUUCCUCCUUCACUGUCUAUUCACCAUCGGCCUACUGGCCACAGUCCAGACAUACCCAGUCAACUUCAACCCCAGGAAUCAGAUGCCACGCACCGUAGUAACAACAGACAUGGAACAAGACGACCUUGCCUCCCUAAUCCGCUACCUCCUCUACACCAACGAACUCGACACCCAGGGCCUAAUCUACUCAUCCAGCCGGUACCACUGGGCUGGCGACGGCAACGGCACAAAGUUCUACCUCCCAGACCGCGAGUACACAAGCCCACAAUGGACCUGGCGCUGGACCGGCACGCGGUAUAUCCAGGAUAUAGUCCUCAAAGCAUAUGCAGAGGUAUAUCCGAACCUGCGGAACCAUGACCCAUUCUACCCAAGCCCGGAGGAGUUGUUGGAUAGUGUAAAGAUCGGGAAUAUUGACUUUGAGGGCGAGAUGGAGCGGGAUACGCAGGGGUCGGAUUUUAUUCGGGAGUUGUUGCUGGAUACGAAGGACUCUAGGCCGCUGUAUCUCCAGGCCUGGGGCGGGACGAGCACGAUUGCGCGCGCGCUGAAGUCUAUCGAAGAGGAGUACUCACCGUCCUCUCAAUGGGCUAAUAUCAAGGCCACCGUCUCUACGAAGGCAGUUAUCCUCGCGAGCGGGUUCCAGGACGAGACGUACGAGAAGUACAUUGCGCCCCAGUGGCCGGACAUCCGCGUCGAGCAAUUUGUCGCUGCGUAUGCGACCUGGGGGUAUAACUGCGAGCGCGGGGAUGGCAAUGUCCGCGGUCUACCAGACGACCAUGUCUACUUCACAGGGAACUGGACGAAGACGAAUAUCCAGACGGGGCCAUAUGGGAAGCUGUACCGCUCCUGGCUCGACGGGCAGUCCAUGCCCGGAGACCAGAUGGACUUAUUCGGUGAUCUGGAGAAGCUAGAAGCGAACCCUAACCAAUUCUGUGACCCGCUAGGCCCGUAUGACUUCCUAUCCGAGGGCGAUAAUGUGGUAUUCAACCCGCUGUUGAAGACUGGGAUCCAGGACCCGGCGAAUCCGGCCUUGGGUGGCUGGGGUGGGCGGUCGAAGCAGAACAGCAGCUCGCCGAAUCUGUGGCAGCUGGUCGAGAAUGAGAAGAACCAGACUGGGGCUGAAGAUGCAAGUUAUACGACAGAUCGCUGGAUGGCAGCUGUGCAGAAUGACUUUGCGGCGAGGAUGCAGUGGACCCUUACGCCGGAUUAUGAACUUGCAAACCAUCCGCCAGAGGUGAAGAUUGCCAAUGGGACUACGGUUAAGGCGAGAGCAGGAUCGACUGUUACUCUGGCAGGGGUUGUAAGUGAUCCGGAUAAUGGCACUGUCACUACAUCCUGGUGGCAGUAUCUCGACGAGGGCUCGUACCCAGGGAAGGUGACUGUGACUGAGUCUGGUAACAACGCAAAUGUGGCUGUUCCUGCAGACGCGAAGACCGGGCAAACUAUCUCAAUUAUUCUUCAAGGGACUGAUGAUGGGCAUUUCCCUCUGACUCGCUAUGGCCGUGUUUUUAUCCAAGUUGCAUAG